AAAAGCAAAAAUGACUCUCACCAACCAACCAACCUGGGUUUUUACUUGAGGACUUGGUUUCCAAAUUUUUCAGCUCCACUUCCUUUCACUCUUUCAUACGCACUAAAAAACGAGAAGACUCUCUCUACGAUUUGUGUUUUUUUGUUUUUGAUCUGGUUUUCUUCAAUCCGUUUGUGACUUAAGAAAAUCGCUCUCUGAAAUCGAUUUUAAACUGCACGGCAGCUUUAGGAAAUGGGAACGGGAUCAUGGCACAUUGAGAAAAGGUCUAGUUUUAGAAACGACUCUUUCUCGAAAGAGUUUGAUAAUGUACUUGAAAAUGGGUCUCUCUCAAUUAUAGUGCUCGGGGCUUCCGGCGAUCUUGCCAAGAAGAAGACUUUCCCGGCACUCUUCAACCUCUUUCGGCAGGGAUUCCUACAACCAGAAGAAGUUCACAUUUUUGGAUAUGCAAGGACUAAGAUUUCAGAUGAUGACUUACGAAGCCGCAUACGAGGGUAUCUUAUCCGCGAGAAGGAUGCUUCGCCGAAGGACUUGGAAACUGUUAAUGAAUUUUUGCAACUGAUCAAAUAUGUAAGUGGUUCAUAUGAUUCUGCAGAAGGUUUUCAGCUGCUGGAUAAGGAAAUUUCGGAGAAUGAAGUUGCAAAAAAUAGUGCAGAAGGGUCAUCUAGGAGACUCUUUUAUCUCGCACUUCCUCCAUCAGUAUAUCCAUCUGUCUGCAAGAUGAUCAGCCAUUACUGCACGAAUAAAAUUGAUCUUAGUGGGUGGACUCGGAUUGUUGUUGAGAAGCCUUUUGGCAAGGAUUUGGAAUCUGCAGAGGAACUCAGUUCUCAUAUUGGGGAGUUGUUUGAUGAAUCGCAAAUAUACCGUAUUGACCACUAUUUGGGAAAAGAACUGGUGCAGAAUUUGUUGGUACUUCGUUUUGCAAAUCGCUUAUUUUUGCCUCUUUGGAAUCGCGACAACAUCGCCAAUGUACAGAUUGUGUUUAGGGAGGAUUUUGGAACUGAAGGUCGUGGUGGAUAUUUUGAUCAAUAUGGAAUCAUCCGUGAUAUUAUUCAAAACCAUCUAUUGCAGGUUUUAUGCUUGGUUGCCAUGGAAAAACCCAUUUCUCUUAAACCUGAGCACAUCCGAGAUGAGAAAGUGAAGGUUCUUCAAUCAGUACUUCCGAUUAAGGAUGAAGAAGUUGUUCUGGGACAAUAUGAUGGCUAUAAGGAUGAUCCGACAGUUCCUGAUGACUCAAACACUCCAACUUUUGCAACUGUCGUUCUGCGCAUACACAACGAAAGAUGGGAAGGUGUCCCAUUUAUUCUAAAGGCCGGGAAAGCAUUGAAUUCAAGAAAGGCAGAAAUACGAGUUCAAUUUAAGGAUGUUCCUGGUGACAUAUUCAAAUGUAAAAAACAAGGAAGAAAUGAGUUUGUAAUCCGCCUGCAACCUUCAGAGGCCAUGUACAUGAAGCUUAUGGUCAAGCAGCCUGGUCUGGAGAUGUCCACAGUCCAAAGUGAAUUAGACUUGUCAUAUGCGCAACGUUAUCAAGGAGUUACAAUCCCAGAGGCUUAUGAACGUUUAAUACUUGACACAAUAAGAGGCGACCAGCAACAUUUUGUUCGCAGAGAUGAGUUGAAGGCGGCCUGGGAGAUCUUCACACCACUUCUCCACAGAAUCGAUGACGGAAAACUGAAGCCGUUACCAUACAAAUCAGGCAGCCGAGGGCCAACUGAGGCGGACGAACUGCUGGAAAAAUCUGGUUAUGUACAAACACACGGCUAUAUAUGGAUCCCUCCAACCUUGUAGAAUGCAGUUUUAAAAUUGUCUUCCUUGUGGCAGCACUAGCACUUUGUGCCAUAAAAAAGAAGUGCUUUUAGUAAGCUUUACAUGCUAUGUUCUAUUAUUCAGAAUAAGUUAUGUGGCUUGGCGUGUAUUAAACAUACUUAAUGUUAUCUAAUAAUGGAAAUUUUGAACGCUGUUCCUUAA